AAAAAAGUGGAAUUCAACACCCUCAGAUACUGCUGUACCAGAGUCUGAAAUGGCUGAUCACGAGCCAGCGACCACAACUUUUGCAUCAAACAUAGAUGCUGACACUGGAAUCCUAGAAAUAGUUCCCGAAGCAGAAGCAAUCAGUGAUAUUCUACAAGGUGAAAACGGACCUGGUAAUCAUGUUAGCACCAAUUCAAUAUCACAAAGGGAGUCAAGUUCAGUAGAUGAGGUUCCUGUUGAGAUGGAGUUCUUAACCUUUAAAGAACCUGUCCACUUCCUUGACAUUGGAAUCACUCAGACUGAAAAAAUUUCUGAACCAGUGAACGAUAUUUUACUUUUGGGCCAAAAAGAUGAAAAUGUCCAUAAUAUGGGUCUUAUCUCUAGCAUGUCUUCAGCUGAAAAUGGUGGCAAGGGUAGUCAUUUGGUCUUGCCAUCUAAUAAAGAAAGUCGCUGCAGCAAUCAGGUUACCAGAGAGAAAUCCAAUGAAGCAUCUCAUAUUGAUAAGCAAGAACGGAAGGAGAUGGCAGCAAAAACACAUUUCUCUGCUAAAAAGCUAAAUGGAAAAGAGCCAAACAUAACAGAGAAAGAUGGUCAAAGUUUUCCAAAGGCUGUAAGUGGUAAUAACAAAGUUACCAAAAGUGAGCCUGCUGAUUCAGGAGACGCAUCAUUUCCUGAUGCUGGCAGCUUCUCAUGUUUGCUACGGGCGGAUGGUCGAAAUUUUCUGGAAUUACCACAAAGCUGGCCACAAGUUUUGACGGGCAGGAAAAAGCUGGAACACAUUACUAUUUUUCUCCAAGGACCAGAUGAUAGACCCUGGCCUGUCACCUAUCAUGAGAGAGCAGGUUCUAAGGUUUUGGCGAGUCGCUGGGCAGAAUUUACUGCAGUUUAUGGCAUUAAGCCGGGGGAUGAAUGUCGAUUCCAACUUUUAAAUCUGUCAGAACGCAGAUUUACGGUACACAUAGCCCACAAGUUAGAUGUUACUCAAGCUACUUUGAGUUGAUUAUUAUGAGCAGUUGUGAGAACAAUGUAAUUGGAGUUAUGGCGAGAGUUUACUUAAUGGUUUUUAUACAUUCAUUUGAUUUAAGCAAAUCUAUAGUGGAUUCUGGAUUUAUAUGUUGCGCUGAUACUUUAGUUCAGCAAUAAGAGCCAUGAGAUCAUAUAGAUGCUGUUGAUAAAUUUUCAUUAACCAAGGCAAUCAUGUAUCUGAUGCAUCAUUCUUUGAAAGGAACUCUUCAAGUUUUGAUA